AUGACCAGGCUCCCCAAAUCCCUCGCUAAGGCAUGUCUAACUUGUCGAUCUCGAAAAAUUCGAUGUGACACGACGAGGCCUCGCUGUUCGGCCUGCGAGACCCAAGGCCGGGAAUGUAUUUAUCGGGUGGAGACGCCACGGCAGAGGCCGACUCGCGCUCAAGUAGACCGUCUCCAGCAAGAAAAUGCAGAUCUUAGAUCUUUUAUCGCGAAAUUGAGAAGUGAAGAGGGCACUACCCCGGGCCCAACGGUGACUGAAGGUCUGGAACUCCACCCCCAGGUUUCGCCCAACUCCAAUCGCCGGCAAAGCCUUGAUAGUCUAGCCUCCUUCUCAGAUGAAGAAUUGAACGUUGCACCUUUUAUCUCUGUAGAUGAGGCGGGUCAGACAAACAGCUAUGGCCCUUCAUCCGCCCUACAUGAUCCAACCAAGAGCGAGUCAUCACUUACAGUGCCUUCGGCCCAAUUGCUGAACCGCGAGCACAUGAAAAAUAAGCUUAUAGCCAAUGCAGCUCUACAACGGCAAAAUGAGCGUCUUCUAUUCCGUCUUCCAGAUGUCGACGGCGUGCCUACUGAGCUCGCUCUUCAUCUAUUGGAUGUACACUGGACUCGGCAGCAUCAUACUUUUCUUCUGACCUAUCGCCCCGCAAUCAUGCGUGAUCUACCGAAAGGCGAUGGGCCAAACUGCUCCCGGUUCCUACUCAAUGCUAUCUUUGCCUGUGCCAGUAAAUUUUCCUCGCGCAUCGAUGUCCGGGAUGACCCAAUGGAUCCAGCUACAGCGGGUCGGCGAUUCUUCCGCCGCUGUGAUGAACUCCUAGCCCAGGAAUCACAUCUAUUUCGUCCGAGCAUUCCAACAGUAGUUGGUCUUUUACUCCUUGGGUCUACAUUCAAUGCCCGUGGCGAUACCUCGAAAGGCUGGUUAUACACCGGCUAUGCCCUACGCAUGGUAUAUGAUCUAGGAUUACAUCUCGACCCCAAGGAGACCAAUGAUGACGCGGAAGAGGUGGAGAUUCGUCGCCGUGUUUUCUGGGGUGCUUUUGUCUGUGACAAAAUCCAGAGUCUCUACCUCGGCCGGCCUGUCUCUAUGAACCUACGUGACUCGCAUGUUAGUCGGGAGUUCCUCGAUACAUUCGAAGAACACGAGUUAUUCAUCCCACCUCCAGACUCAAAACUCUACACCUCAUCCUCACUAACCCCAAUGUACUCCGUCUCUACUUUCAAGCAACUCUGUCUCUUAUCACGGAUCAUGACCAAAAUCACCAAUCAUUUCUACACAGUCGGCGGGGUACGGUCUGCCAGCUCCGCAACGACCAGUCUCCAGCUGGCUGACAGCGCCCUCAAUUCCUGGAAGAAAAACCUCCCGGCAGAACUAGACUUCAAACCAUGGUCAAGUUCUGAUCUCUCCCCACAACCUCACCCAGCUCCCAACGUAAUGAACCUCCACGGCAUCUACAAUUCCCUAAUUAUUCUCCUCCAUCGCCCCUUUAUCUCUGACGGUCACCUCCGAUCCCUCGCAACCUCAGCUUCAUCCUGGGGCCGCUGCACCUCAGCCGCAAAGAGCAUCACAAGCAUCUCCCUCGCCUAUAAAUCCGCCUACGGUAUCCACGGUGCACCUUACAUCCUCAGCUACGCCAUUUACGUAGCCUGCACCAUCCACGUCCGCAACGCCUUCGCAAACGCCCACCACAAAGAACACAUAUCCCGCCUAGCAGCCGGACUCGCCUGUCUUGACGAGAUUUCCGCGACCAACUCUGGCGUCUCGAAGCCAGCCAGCAUCAUCCGCAAACUCGCCGAAGCAAGCAAAUUAGACCUUUCAUCUGGCGAUGCAAUGACCCCUGCUUUCCAAGCGGAGAUUGUUUCGCCCGCUGAUGGCUCCAAUGGCGGGUUCGAGCUUGAUGCUAUUGUUGGGAUGUUCCCGAGCAGAACCUCGGUCUUAGGAAACGGUAUGGAGUUUCCAACACCUGGUCAGGAACAUGAGACGGCUCUGUUUGGUCUGGUUAUUCCAUACGAUCCGUUGUUUGGAUUUAUGGAUGCUACCCUGGAUUGGCCGGGCAUGGAGACGUCUUUCAUGUUCCCUGAAAACCCUUGA